AUGGGUGCCGUCAGGGGGCUACUUUGGGGAGGAUUGUUCUUGUUCCUCGGCUUGACUGCCGGUACAGCCUUCAUCACGUGGGAGUAUUUGCAGCCUCCAUACGAACCAGGAUCACCCGAGGAGCAAGACCUGAUGGAAGAGAUCGAGGAGCUAUUGAGCGAGAGCCCGCUUAUACAGCAAUUGCGCGAGGAAGGCUGGACCGAGUCGGACUUCUCGAGUCGCGGACCGCUACCAGAUCGUAGUAAGGGCCAGCAUUUGGUGCACGACAAGUUGCAAGGUUCAACGCAGACUCUGUGUGUCAAGACGUUCCAGAAUGACGCAUUUUUCUUCACGUUCGCUGUCUUCUUCGUAGGAUUCGGCGUCGACGGUUUCCCAGAUGUCAUGCAUGGAGGAGUCACGGCGACGAUGAUGCUCGAAGCCGUCAACAAGCACAUCGCAUCAUACUGUGCUGACUACAGCUUGGCCUAUGACAAAACUGGUAUUGAAAUCAACUACAAACUACCCGUUCGUCCUGGCGAGAUCUACACAGUCAUGGUGUCCAACGGUCUUCCGGUCCCAGAUCCGAAUGACUUCUCCAAGGAGAAGCUGCACUUCAACGUUUCUCUGCUGCGGUUGGAAGCUAUUCCGAUCAUGACCAGCCAUUGGGAGCCGCCAAACACCUUCUCUCAGGUCAUUGAGAUCCAGUCGCACAGUGGCGAGUCGCCGCUGCUAGCUUCUGGCGAUGUGAUGAUCCCGGUGGUGAAGAAGCCUGGGCCAAAUAUGAGCAAAUUGAAGCCGUUGACGUUCACCAAUGCUGCACGAGACUCUGAAAACAAGCCCUGA